UUAAGAUAUAUUAAAUUUAAAAUAUAUAUCAAUAUGCGAAAGUAAAUAUGUCAAAUAAAAAUGUUUGUUGUUAGCAUACGUGCAGUGCUCGUCGCCAGAAAAAUGACUACAGCAGCGCUGCUGUGAAGAAAUUUUCCAAUAGAAUUUUCAACUAAUUUUUUUUAUGUGUGUGCAAUAGAUUACAAAUAAAUUACAAAUAAUUUCAUAAUAUAAUACAUUUAAACAUAAACAUUAUUAUAUGUGUACAUAAUAAAACGUGGAAGGUUUGUUUUCAAAGAAGUGAAAAAUGUUUGCAAGUUAAAAAUGCUGUGAAUAUUAAAUAUUGGUGUGGAGAAGAGAGGAGUUGGCUGAUGGGCUGUGGAAUAAAAUGUCUUAUUAGAUUUAAUAAGCCAAACUGCAUUGCAACUCCCGAAAUAUAUCAAAAACGAAAUAUAGAUAGCAGAUCUGAAAUGAAUCUAUUAUUCUGAUUGUUUUUGUCUCAAUUAAUUUAGACGGCUGGAGCAUUUAAUUUUCAACAUUGUGUGCAAACAUUUUAUAUGACCGACAACCUUAGUCACCUCACCAAAAUAAUAAACAACCAUAAAGCAACAAAUAAAAUAAUUUAAAUAAUAAAAUAUGACAGCGUUCAUUUAAAAGAAUUUCAUAUAGUGCAUUUGAGUAUCAGAGCAACGAGAGGAAGUCACCAAGCACCAUAGAGAUUUUCGCUUUAGAAAUUCAUCUAAAUCUCUGUACAGUAUUUGCAUUAAUAAAAUUUUGUGGCGCACAUAAAUUCUAAUAUUGACCAUAAUGGGUGCAAAUACGUCAACAAGUGGCUAUCCGAUGGUGAGCAGCUCAGCUAGCAGCAGUAACUCAGGUCUGCUUUUGCCAACAUCAGCUGCUAUGACGGCAGGUGCAUCAGGAAGUGGUGGUGGACCUGGUGGUAGCAGUUUUGCUGGUGCAGGAGGUGGACCACAUUUUCGAGAGCAACGACGAAAACGUGUUACGGGCUUUGCUACACUUAAACGAAAAUUUAUACGUCGUAGACGUUCAUCAAAAGCCUGUGAUCAUGCGCGCGUAUUGCGUGAUUUUGUAUCUGACUGGACGCCUUUAGAGUUAGCGGCGCUCUGUGAAGAAUAUGAAGCUUUAGCUGCAUUAAGAGAUCUAUCGAUGCAAGCGGAAUUAGCUCGACCUCCUGCCACAACCUAUAAACAGGACCUAGCUGCGUUAUAUGAUAUGAAGACAUGUACGGAUUGCGAUUUAGUCUUCCGUGGUUCAAUUUUUCCUGUACACCGCUCAAUACUCUCCUCACGUUGUGCUUACUUUCGUGAAUUACUAGCUGGCUGUCCUGGUUUCGGUGCACGCAUAUGUCUCGAACUGCCAUCAUCACCAAUGAUUGAUGUGCAAAUGUUUUCAUCGCUAUUGCGUUACUUGUAUACUGGUGAUUUGUGUCCACAUGAUCCUACAAUUGAUGUUAGUCUUUUGCGUCAACUAGGCGAUGACUUCGGCACUCCGAAUCCAUUAGAACAUGACUUACGUUAUUUACUGGAAACUGGCGAUUAUGCAGAUGCUGCACUCGUUUUUACAGCCGAAGGAAAUGAUUAUCAUAGACCAGAUUCGGGUAGUUCUGAAUAUGGAUUUCGGCCAAAAUUGGAGCUGCCAUGUCAUAAAGCCAUAUUAAGUGCACGAUCGCCAUUCUUUAGAAAUCUCAUUGCUAGACGUACCAGAAAUGUUGAUGAAUAUACGGAACGAGCAUUACAUGUGCCAACACGCAUAGUGCUAGACGAAACAGUCAUACCGAAACGAUAUGCGCGAGUAUUACUACACGCAAUCUACUUAGAUACAGUAGAUUUGUCGCUAAUACUCCGUGGUGCUGGUUCGGGCAAUUCAGCAGGUUCUCUAGGAGAGGUACAUGCACUGACAAAUACAGGACGUGUGAGACCUACACCACUGGAAGAGGCUAUGGAACUUUAUCAAAUAGGUAGAUUCUUGGAAUUAGAUAUUUUAGCACAAGGUUGCGAAGAUUUAAUACUUGAGUGGUUGUCGCUGGAAACAUUACCGACGGUGCUAAAAUGGGGAUCUCAGGCUCAUGGUUCUGCAUGGGUAUUUCGCCAAGCAUGCCAAUACUUACGUGAAGAGUUUUCUGCGAUUAUUUCAUCUCCAGUAUUACAUCAGUUGGACAAAACUCAAUUAAUACACGUUUUACAAAGUAAUUUUCUGCAAGCUUCUGAAUUGGAGGUAUUACAGGCUGUAUUAAAAUGGGGUGAACAAGAAUUAAUACGACGGAUGGAAGAUCGUGAGCCAAAUAUACUUUCACACACGGCGCAUUCUGUUGCACGAAAAGGAGUAAAAAAGCGUGAUUUAAGUGAUGUGGAACUACGUGAAAUACUUUCUGAGUUAUUGCCGUUAGUACGUAUGGAUCAUGUUCUUCCGCCCAAUAGUGAAGUACUCGGUCAAGCUAUACGUCGUGGUUUAGUCAGCACACCUCCUUCUCAUAUGAUUGGUGAUGAACGUGAAAACCUACGUGUAAAUGCAUGGAUUCGUGGUGGAAAGAAUCAAGGUCUCUUUGUGCGGCCCCGAUUGUUCAUGCCAUACUUCGAAGAAGUUAAAGCAUUACUUGAGGAUCGUAUGGCUUCAUCGCACCAUCAGGUUGAACUUAUGCGCAUGCGGCGGUCACGUCAUUUGCCUGAUAUUCCGGACACGUUAUAUAUGGUAUCACGUAUGAAUGCCGCUGCAAAUAGUGGUAUGGGUGCAAAUGUAGGUUGCAGUGGUACAGACAAUGUUGAUAUGCUUGCAGCGGCAGCGGCAAUACCACCACCAGAUACACAAACAUUAGCUUCAAUGCUAAAGCGGGAACAUAAACUGCGUCAAACACCAAUGUGCCAGCGUGCAUUGCAUUUACCACUCUCUUCAAAACACGAAAUUGAUCGACAAAUACGCUUACGAGUAGUACGAGAAUUUAACUUGCCGGAUGCAGUAUCUGAUUUAUUAGAGACAUCACUAUUACGAAACCAAAGUGGUGCUUCAGAUGAUGGUGGUGUUACAUCUACUACACAAACGGAUGAUUGUUUAUUAGAAGAUGAAGAUCAGACUCCACCACCAUCACCAGCAGCUACUAGUUCCGUACCACGUCACACUACAGCAAGCUCGUUUCUUUCGGCGUCUGUGGGUUCAUCAGCUGCAUCGUCUACGUGUGGUGGUGACAAUGUACCAGCAUGCUAUAGUCGUAAUUUAACUUUCCCGCGACAACAUCCCGGUGGUUUACUAGGCAUGAGCAUUAGUAGCGGUAGCAGCAGUGGUUUGCAAACUAAUUACGCUAGACUUUCUGCCUCAGCACAUCACCACCGUAGUGACUUACCUGCGCUUAUAACUGAAGGAGAUUAUCGUUUUCCUCACGGUAGCACACUUGAUGUAGGUGCUGAAGGUGGUGCAGUAGGAUGUGUAGAUAACAGUAAUGGCGGCCAUUUGUCCGACAUGAUGCCUGAUGUAGCAAUGGCUACAGCAUCUCUUGGACAAUUACAUUUAGCAAAUAGUGCCAACAAUGGUAGCAGUGGUGAUAUGCCAGAGAGUCUGCAGUUGGACUUAGGUGAUGGACCUAGUCACAUAAUGGGCGGAGGAGCAGGCGCUGCAGGACCAAUUAGUAUACGUGGAUUGCAGCAUCAAUUGCCGCCCACAAAUUAUCAUCAUUUUAUGCAGCGUUCAAAUUCGCCAUUCGAUGUUCUACGACAAGGGCAACAUUCACCUGCACCACACCCACCAUCUGGGACGUACAAUUCCGGACCACCCAGAUUUUUAUAGAGUUUGCGUGUGGCCCCCGAUGAGGGC